GGAGGGACAGCCGCAGAGCCGGCAGUCGUCAGCUCGCAGCCGCCAGAGGAGGAGACACCCCCGAGCCCCGACCAGCCGCCGACAUGCCCAACUGCCCCAAGUGCGAGAAGCCGGUGUACUUCGCCGAGCGGAAGACGUCCCUCGGCAAGGACUGGCACUCGGCCUGCCUGCGCUGCGAGAAGUGCAACAAGACGCUGACGCCCGGCGGACACGCGGAGCACGAGGGCAAGCCCUACUGCAACCAGCCCUGCUACGCCGCGCUCUUCGGCCCAGGCGGUGCGUGUCCGCGACUGUCGGCCGUCUGCCUGCCUCCAGUUUACCCGCCUUGCCAGUCUCGUCCUCUACUACCACCUGCCUCCACUAUCGUCUGCUUCAUCACCUACCACCUGCCGUAACUAUCAUCUGCUUUAUCCCCUACCACCUAGCCAGUCUCAUUCUUUACUACCACCUGCCUGAACUACCGUCUGAUUUAUCUCCUAUACCGCCUGGCAAGUCGCAUCCUCUACUACCACCUGCCUCCACUAUCGUCUGCUUCAUCUCCUACCACCUGCCGUAACUACCAUCUGCUUUAUCCCCUACCACCUAGCCAGUCUCAUUCUUUAUUACCACCUGCCUCAACUACCGUCUGAUUGAUCUCCUACCGCCUGGCAAGUCUCAUCCUCUACUACCACCUGCCUCCACUAUCGUCUGCUUCAUCUCCUACCACCUGCCGUAACUACCAUCUGCUUUAUCCCCUACCACCUAGCCAGUCUCAUUCUUUACUACCACCUCGUCUGUUUUAUUCCAUACCGCCUUGCCAGUCUCAUCCUCUACUACCACCUGCCUCCACUAUCGUCUGAUUUAUCUCCUAUACCGCCUGGCAAGUCGCAUCCUCUACUACCACUUGCCUCCACUAUCGUCUGUUUUAUACCAUACCGCCUGGACAGUCUCAUCCCCUACUACCAUACCUGCCUCCACUAACGUCUGCUUGAACCACUACCACCUGACUAGUCGCAUCCUUUAGUACCGCCUGCCUUCAAUACCAUCUGCUUUAACCCCUACCGCCUAGGCCAAUCGCAUCCUCUUGAGGGUAAAAAAAAAAUCUCGCUACUGUUCCACACAGUUAGCUAUGAGCAUGGUAAUGUAAAAGCACAUGAAUAAUCAAAAAUAAUUUAAUUACAUAUAAAAUAUGACAAAGUUAAAUAAAAAUUUUAUUAAGACAAAAAUUUAUCACCCGCGUGAUUUCUCUAUCAAAAAGAAA